GAUGUCUGGUAAAUCAUCAAAGUUUAUAGGAAGAGGAAUCAUAAUAUUCAGAACAUCCAGGAGGUUGGAUAGAAUGGUUUUGCGCACAUGAGGAUCAUCAAUUCUUAUGUGAAGUUGAUGAUGAUUUUAUUAGUGAUCCUUUUAAUUAAGUUGGAAUCAAAGGAAAAUUCAAUUUCUUUAAGUAUUGAUGAUAACUAAUAAUUCUAGUGAAGCCAUUAGCAUGAUCUUAUAGCCUACUUCACCUGAAGAUUAAGACUUAGAAGAUGAAAGGUUUUUCUUAUAUUACAUCACAAAAGAUUUUUAGAAGUUUAUUAAGAGGCAUCUGACAUUUAUGGUUUAUUACAUGCUCGAUUCAUAUUUACAUCCAAAGGAUCUGCAAUAAUGCGUGAACGAUUUUUAUAAGGAAAAUUUGGUCAUUGUCCUCGAAUAUAUUGUGAAAAACAGAAUGUGAUACCUAUAGGACUAUGUGAAGAUCUCAAAACUGCUAGAAUCAAAGUUCUUCAUCAUAUUGUAAUUAGGUAUUUUGUCCAAGAUGUGAAGAAAUUUACAUGCCUAAAAAGAAAUGUGCUGAUAUAGAUGGAGCAUAUUUUGGAAAAUCAUUUCCUCAAUUUUUAUUAAUGGUUAAUCAUUUAAAUAUUUAGAUAUAGACCUAUCCAGAUCUUCAUCCAAAGUUUUAGUUAUUGCCAGAUACUUAAAUCUAAGUAGAUUUUGAACCUACAUUAUUUGGAUUCAAAAUUGCAGGUAAAUAAGGUAGUAAAAUAAAGAAAUAUGAAUAAUAAUUGUAAUAUAAUCACAUUAUUACAUAACCAAUUGUUUAAUCUAUAGAAUAAAAUAUCCUAUAGUAAGAACAAAAAUAAUACAGAAUACAAAAAUAAGAAUAACAAGAUUAAUAAUAAUAAUCUGAUUAGAAUAAAGAACAACCUCAAAAGAAAAAGAAUAAAAAAAAACAUAAACAAUGA